GCAUGCCCACCACUCUAAAAACUGACAGGGGUCAUUGUGAUUUGUGGAGUUGUUGAAGCGCGCUAUACAUCUGAGCGCCUCACGGGACAAUCCUCUAGAUUAGCGGUUGACGCAGAGGAUGGAUUUCGUAGAUGGCAACCCGAUACUGUACCGUACUGGUCGGUAUACAGGCACGGAAUGAUCUAGAAUGGACGAAUUAAAUGCUUUAAAUGUAACGUAUUUCGAUACUCUUCCUAUUAUCAAAUGAGUCCGUCGUCAUAGGGAUAGAAUGUGUUUCGUCCUAAUCGUUAAAUAGGCUCGAUGAGCUAUGACGGGAGAGCUAAAUAUGGACCAAUCCUGUUUCGAUAUCAAAAUGAAGAGACCCAACGGAAUGGUGGCAGAUUUGGUGCGUUUACAACGCGGUCUUGUGGGACGUUUGUGAUGGAGCCGUUUAACUUUCUCACUGAAACAAGCAGAUGUAAGAAUGCGUAACGGCACUUUAGUGGUUGGAAAUAACAUCUAAACCUUUUGGCUAAAAUGAAUGUAUUGUAUUGGGUUCUGCUUGCUCACUAACAUCUGAUAACAAUAUCAGGUAUACAAGCGUAGACUACAUUUAGCUGGCAUGCCAAGUAUGUGAAUAGGAGGAACUUUAAAAUAUCUAUCCCGCCAUUGUGCCCUUGGGUAGGGCACUUAACCUAUAACCUGCUCCAGGGCCGCUGUUCUGCCACUGACCGACCGGUGCCUCUCUCAACGUGUGUGUUUCUUCACCUAGGAGGGUUUGGAAAGGCAGAAGACAACUUUACUUUUGAAGUUUCACCCAACAAUGGACUACACGAUUAUAUUCUACCCUGUUCUGUUGUCGUAGAACACCGCAGUUCAAAAUGAACGUGUUGAAAAUGAGGAAAGCCGUAUUAAAAGAAGCGGUUAAACGCUUUCCAUGGCUUGCCAACGUUACUCUGUAUGGCUGCCUGUUUGCCGGCGGCGACUUUGUUCAUCAGAUGAUCGCACAAAGAGAAGAGAUGGAUUGGAAACACACCAGAAAUGUUGCCAUAGUGGCCAUCAGCUUCCAUGGAAACUUUAAUUAUUUCUGGUUGCGGGCUUUGGAAAGCCGUUUCCCGGGAAAAUCUCCCGGAAUGCUCUUCCGCAAACUGCUCCUGGACCAAAGUUUUGCAUCACCCUUGGCAACGAGUGUCUUCUACACAGGAGUGAGUUUCUUGGAGAAUAAAGACGACGUCUUCGAGGACUGGAGAGAAAAGUUCCUCAACACGUAUAAGACUGGACUCAUGUACUGGCCUUUCAUGCAGUUCCUAAACUUCAUCCUGAUGCCUCUGUACCUGAGGACAGUCUUCAUGGGCUGCUGUGCGUUCCUGUGGGCCACCUUCCUGUGCUUCUCCCGGCAGAGCGGGGACGGUACGGCCAGCGUGGCUCUCGCCUUCGUCCUGUAUCCCAAGCAGAGGCUGCAGGCCGCCCGGGAGGCCCACCUCGCCCGCAACAAACAGAAAGAAGAGGAGGAACAGCAGCAGAGCACUGGCAACUAAAUCAAUUGGUUCAAUGGGAUUCGAUUCAAUUCAGGAAACAGAAAACAGAAGAGGACCUGAGAACUGAACUGAAUUGGUUCAAUGAGAUUCGAUUCAAUUCAGGAAACAGAAAACAGAAGAGGACCUGAGCACUGAGAACUGAACUGAAUUGGUUCAAUGAGAUUCGAUUCAAUUCAGGAAACAGAAAACAGAAGAGGACCUGAGCACUGAGAACUGAACUGAAUUGGUUCAAUGAGAUUCGAUUCAAUUCAGGAAACAGAAAACAGAAGAGGACCUGAGAACUGAACUGAAUUGGUUCAAUGAGAUUUGAUUCAAUUCAGGAAACAGAAAACAGAAGAGGACCUGAGCACUGAGAACUGAACUGCUAAAAAUGUUAUUUCAAUUGAAUUUCAACAAAACGUUGUUAUAUCUCCCUGUCGUCAAGGGCAACAAGGCAAGGAACGAGGGCUUGGUUAGAGGGUGAGAACACAACGUCAUCAUGUGAGGUCAGGGCAGGCUCUCACACCUUACAAAAAACACAUAGUGAGAACUGAAUCAGUUGGAUUGAACGUACCUUUAUUGAUAUCCUCAGGGGCAAGAAGGAGUGAAUAUAACUUUAUUGAUAUCCUCGGGGGCAAGGAGGAGUGAAUAUAACUUUAUUGAUAUCCUCGGGGGCAAGGAGGAGUGAAUAUAACUUUAUUGAUAUCCUCGGGGGCAAGGAGGAGUGAAUAUAACUUUAUUGAUAUCCUCAGGGGCAAGGAGGAGUGAAUAUAACUUUAUUGAUAUCCUCGGGGGCAAGGAGGAGUGAAUAUAACUUUAUUGAUAUCCUCGGGGGCAAGGAGGAGUGAAUAUAACUUUAUUGAUAUCCUCGGGGGCAAGGAGGAGUGAAUAUAACUUUAUUGAUAUCCUCGGGGGCAAGGAGGAGUGAAUAUAACUUUAUUGAUAUCCUCAGGGGCAAGGAGGAGUGAAUAUAACUUUAUUGAUAUCCUCGGGGGCAAGGAGGAGUGAAUAUAACUUUAUUGAUAUCCUCAGGGGCAAGGAGGAGUGAAUAUAACUUUAUUGAUAUCCUCGGGGGCAAGGAGGAGUGAAUAUAACUUUAUUGAUAUCCUCAGGGGCAAGGAGGAGGCAUCGUUGGAGCACAGUUAUAUAAUUUAAGCCUACUGUACAUAUACAAAUACAUCCAUCUAUUGCAAUGCCAGAAACACGUACAGUGGGCCUAAUGCCUCCACCUAAUACUAUACCAGAAACACGUACAGUGGGCCUAAUGCCUCCACCUAAUACUAUACCAGAAACAUGUACCGUGGGGCUAAUGCAUCCACCUAAUACUAUACCAGAAACACGUACAGUGGGGCUAAUACCUCCACCUAAUACUAUACCAGAAACAAGUACAGUGGGGCUAAUACCUCCACCUAAUACUAUACCAGAAACACGUACAGUGGGGCUAAUACCUCCACCUAAUACUAUACCAGAAACACAUACAGUGGGGCUAAUACCUCCACCUAAUACUAUACCAGAAACACGUACAGUGGGGCUAAUACCUCCACCUAAUACUAUACCAGAAACACAUACAGUGGGGCUAAUGCCUCCACCUAAUACUAUACCAGAAACACGUACAGUGGGCCUAAUGCCUCCACCUAAUACUAUACCAGAAACACGUACAGUGGGGCUAAUACCUCCACCUAAUACUAUACCAGAAACACGUACAGUGGGGCUAAUACCUCCACCUAAUACUAUACCAGAAACACGUACAGUGGGGCUAAUACCUCCACCUAAUACUAUACCAGAAACACAUACAGUGGGGCUAAUGCCUCCACCUAAUACUAUACCAGCAACACGUACAGUGGGGCUAAUGCCUCCACCUAAUACUAUACCAGCAACACGUACAGUGGGGCUAAUGCCUCCACCUAAUACUAUACCAGAAACACGUACAGUGGGCCUAAUGCCUCCACCUAAUACUAUACCAGAAACACGUACAGUGGGCCUAAUGCCUCCACCUAAUACUAUACCAGAAACAUGUACAGUGGGCCUAAUACCUCCACCUAAUACUAUACCAGAAACACGUACAGUGGGGCUAAUACCUCCACCUAAUACUAUACCAGAAACACGUACAGUGGGGCUAAUGCCUCCACCUAAUACUAUACCAGAAACACGUACAGUGGGCCUAAUGCCUCCACCUAAUACUAUACCAGAAACACGUACAGUGGGGCUAAUGCCUCCACCUAAUACUAUACCAGAAACACGUACAGUGGGGCUAAUGCCUCCACCUAAUACUAUACCAGAAACACGUACAGUGGGGCUAAUACCUCCACCUAAUACUAUACCAGAAACACGUACAGUGGGCCUAAUGCCUCCACCUAAUACUAUACCAGAAACAUGUACAGUGGGCCUAAUACCUCCACCUAAUACUAUACCAGAAACAUGUACAGUGGGCCUAAUACCUCCACCUAAUACUAUACCAGAAACACGUACAGUGGGGCUAAUACCUCCACCUAAUACUAUACCAGAAACACGUACAGUGGGCCUAAUACCUCCACCUAAUACUAUACCAGAAACACGUACAGUGGGGCUAAUGCAUCCACCUAAUACUAUACCAGAAACACGUACAGUGGGGCUAAUGCCUCCACCUAAUACUAUACCAGAAACACGUACAGUGGGGCUAAUACCUCCACCUAAUACUAUACCAGAAACACGUACAGUGGGGCUAAUACCUCCACCUAAUACUAUACCAGAAACAAGUACAGUGGGGCUAAUACCUCCACCUAAUACUAUACCAGAAACACGUACAGUGGGGCUAAUACCUCCACCUAAUACUAUACCAGAAACACGUACAGUGGGGCUAAUGCAUCCACCUAAUACUAUACCAGAAACACGUACAGUGGGGCUAAUACCUCCACCUAAUACUAUACCAGAAACACGUACAGUGGGGCUAAUACCUCCACCUAAUACUAUACCAGAAACACGUACAGUGGGGCUAAUACCUCCACCUAAUACUAUACCAGAAACACGUACAGUGGGGCUAAUGCAUCCACCUAAUACUAUACCAGAAACACGUACAGUGGGGCUAAUGCCUCCACCUAAUACUAUACCAGAAACAAGUACAGUGGGGCUAAUACCUCCACCUAAUACUAUACCAGAAACACGUACAGUGGGGCUAAUGCAUCCACCUAAUACUAUACCAGAAACACGUACAGUGGGGCUAAUACCUCCACCUAAUACUAUACCAGCAACACGUACAGUGGGGCUAAUGCCUCCACCUAAUACUAUACCAGAAACACGUACAGUGGGCCUACAUUACAGACGUUACAUCACUGAUUCAAUUCAAUACAACUUUAUCAAUCCCGUCAAGGGCAACCCAGAAAACACAGUCGGACACGGAACACAUUACUUACAGAGAGAAGGUGUCAGAUGUUGUGAUUUGCAGGGAUGUUCCUCGGGGAGAGGAGGUGUUAGAUGUUGUGAUUACAGGGAUGUUCCUCGGGGAGAGGAGGUGUUAGAUGUUGUGAUUUGCAGGGAUGUUCCUCAGGGAGAGGAGGUGUUAGAUGUUGUGAUUACAGGGAUGUUCCCCAGGGAGAGGAGGUGUUAGAUGUUGUGAUUUGCAGGGAUGUUCCCCAGGGAGAGGAGGUGUUAGAUGUUGUGAUUUGCAGGGAUGUUCCUCGGGGAGAGGAGGUGUUAGAUGUUGUGAUUUGCAGGGAUGUUCCCCAGGGAGAGGAGGUGUUAGAUGUUGUGAUUUAUAGAGAGGUUCUUCAGGGUGUGUAUUUGAUGUUCAUGUAUAUGUAAAAUGUGUUUAUUCUAUGCUCUCAAUUUCUAUGUCCCAUCGGUUGUGCCUUCUGUUGGUAACAAGAGCCCUUCAUGUUCUGCUCUAGAUUUAGUUAGUUCUUACUCCGAGAAACUGUGUGUUUUUGUGUUGUUGUUUUUCUUUUGUGUGUGUGUGUGUAUAUAUUUAUACAUUACCAGUCAAAAGUUUAGACACACCUAUUCAUUCAAGGGUUUUUCUUUAUUUUUACUAUUUUCUAUAUUGUAGAAUAAUAAUGAAGACAUCAAAACUAUGAAGUAACACAUAUGGAAUCAUGUUGUAACCAAAAAAAAAUGUUAAAGAAAUCUAAAUAUAUUUUAUAUUUUUGAUUCUUCAAAGUAGCCACCCUUUGCCUUGAUGACAGCUUUGCACACUCUUGACAUUCUCUCAACCAGCUUCACCUGGAAUGCUUUUCCAACUGUCUUGAAGGAGUUCCCACAUUUGCUGAGCACUUGUUGGCUUUCCUUCAUUCUGCUGUCCAACUCAUCCCAAACCACCUCAUUUGGUUUGAGAUUGGAUGAUUGUGGAGGCCAGGUCAUCUGAUGCGCCCUCCAUCACUCUCCUUCUUGGUCAAAUAGCCCUUACACGGCCUGGAGGUGUGUUGGGUCAUUGUCCUGUUGAAAAACAAAUGAUAGUCCCACUAAGCGCAAACCAGAUGGGAUGGCGUAUCGCUGCAGAAUGCUGUGGUAGCCAUGCUGGUUAAGUGUGCCUUUAAUUAAAUCACUGUCAUUUCUCUUUGCUUAUUUGAGCUGUUCUUGCCAUAAUAUGGACUUGGUCUUUUACCAAAAAGGGCUAUCUUCUGUAUACCACCCCUACCUUGUCACAACACAACUGAUUGGCUCAAACGCAUUAAGGAGGAAAGAAAUUCCACAAAUUAACUUUUAACAAGGCACACCUGUUAAUUUCAAAUGCAUUCCAGGUGACUAACUCAUGAAGCUGGUUGAGAGAAUGCCAAGUGUGUUCAAAGCUGUCAUUUGUUUAACACAACAUUGGUUACUACAUGAUUCCAUAUGUGCUAUUUCAUAGAUUUUUAUGUCUUCACUAUCAUUCUACAAUGUAAAAAAAAUAUUAAAAAUUAAAUUAAAUCCGUAGAAUGAGUAGGUGUGUCCCAACUGUUGACUGGUACUGUGCUGUAUAACUCAUCUCCAGAUUGACCAUCGAAGGAUAAAGUGCUACCCUGUCCUGUUA